AAACAGUCUGCGCACGUCACGUACACUGCAUGCGAACCUGCAGUACUGCAGUACUUAGGCCUAGUUGUUAUGGUUUCAGUACACAUUUGCAAAGUAGGAACAGCUGAUUAUUGCACGAGCUAAGGACAAAAAGGCACGAAAAACACCAGAUUCAUUAUAACUGAUGUCAAUACCCACAUGGAGCUUUAAAAAGCUUCAUAACACCUCUACAGCUUCCAACUACAGCUUUCAUGAAACUUCCAACGUCUUCUAAUAGAAGUAAAGCUCCAAAAUGAGUGCAACGGCCGAGUUGAUAAAGCUUGAGAUGCAUGCUAAUGGAAUUAGAAAAGAUUUAGAUGUCACACAGCUCUACCUUGCUCAACGAAAUCUAGAAGCAGUUGAUACCCUCGGAUGCUAUAAACAUUUGAACGAAUUGUGGUUGAAUGGAAACAAACUACGACUAGUAACAUGCCUCAAGGACAACUUGCAAAUCUCUCAUUUGUAUCUUCAGGAUAAUGAGCUGGUCAGCAUCAGCAAAGCAGUUGGUCAUUUAUCCUGCUUGAAGGUCCUGAUGCUGCACAACAACCAGCUGACCAAGCUGGGAGAAACAGUCAAUGAAAUGAAGAACAUGCAAGCUCUGCAUACACUAAAUCUGUAUCACAAUCCUCUUGCACAAGAGAAGGAGUAUCGACUCCAUGUUAUCUUCAGAGUUCCAUCUCUCAAAUUGCUUGACAGAGAAGAGGUGCAACCCAGUGAGCGAGCGGAAGCAAAUCAACGUUAUAAACCUGACGAGCAAAGACAGAUGGAUAGUGUAGCAUUUGGACGAAGAUGUAACGCUCCAUCUAUGUCUGUCAGGUCCAACACAGAGGCAGAUCAGCUGCUUGGAAAAGCUCUAACUGAUCCCUACAGUGAAAAUGAAGACAAUUCCGAUCUAAUCAGCAGGCUUGAAGAUGAUGAAAUCACAGACGUGUUGACAGAGAAAGGUGUGAGAAGAUCAACAAUGCAGUAUUCCCACUUUGAUUGGUCAAAAGUGCCACAAGCUGAGGAGAGGAGAUUGAACAAGACAUCCAAUGCUGCAGACAAGGCACAGAUUAUAACAGUCAGGUUUAGAUGAGUCUUCACUGCACAUCCUGUGUAUCAUUAUAUUCAUCACUACUUAGGCCCCCCCAAAAAGUCUCAGAUUUCUGGUAUGCGCACGCAUCGCCGUAGCCAUGCACGUCGGCAAAAUUAAAAAGGGUUUUUUUCAAUGUAAGAUGACGUCUCAAAACCGCCAAACUCACUGGCUUGACUGGAAUCCUGCUGCUGC